AUGAUUCUUGUUACACAUGAUGGCAAAUUUCAUUUGGAUGAAGUAAUGGCAACUGCUGUGUUGCUUAAGAUAUAUCCAGAUUCGGAAAUAGUCAGAACAAGAAGCUCUGCCGUCGUACGAAGCGGGGACAUAGUCUAUGACGUCGGGAGAUCGUUUGAUCCAGAGGCCAAUAGAUACGACCACCAUCAGGAAUCAUUUAACGAGACCUUUAGUCCAAAGCACAAGAUAAAGCUAAGUAGUUCUGGCCUGAUAUACAAAUACUACGGCGAAAAGUUUCUAGAGAAAUACGGGCUGAAUAGAACAGAUGAAUGCUUUCCAAGGGUGCUCGAAGAGGUCUAUACGGCCUAUUUUAUGUCUGCGGAUGCAAUCGACAAUGGAUACGAAAUUUUCGGAGAAAUCGUUCCAAGAUCGCUCUCACACGUCGUCGAGUCGUUUAAUGCCCUGGACUUCUCCGAUAGCGAUAGGCAAAACAAAAGGUUUCUGGAGGCGGUGCAAUUUGUUUCCAAAGAUUUGGAUAACUUCAUAAGCGCAAUAGUUAACAGAUGGGUUCCAAGCUACAAGUAUCUUAACAAAUUAAUCGCCGAGGUGAACGGAGAUAUUCUAUACGUUGACAGGUACUGUUUUGUCGACGUAAUUCCUGAGAUAGAGAAGAAAUACAAGAAAGAUGUCAAGUUUGUCUUGAAUAGGAAGGAGAGUUCUGUAAGUAUUCUAACAGUUCCUAAAGAUAGGAAGCGUUUUGAAUCAAAAGUCCCUCUAAAGAAAGAAUGGAGAGGUCUUGCUGGGGGAAAGCUGGAGACAGUGUCUGGGAUUGACGGGUGUAAUUUUGUGCAUGCUUCUGGAUUUGUAGGCUCCAACAAGACCAUUGAGGGAGCCAUGGAAAUGUGUAGAAUAUCCAUAGAGGCUUAUUGUAAAGAAGCCAAAGAUGGCAGUGGUUAA